AUGGAAGAGUUGAAUAUUCCUGAAGAGAAGCGGUUACGGUACAAAUGUGCCGUCCAUGGUUGUGCCUCGGGCAAAACGUUCUCACUUUUUUCCGUUAUGGAUCAUCUUGCGUGGCACUUCUCUGAAUUAUACCACUCAAAGAGAAUAUAUAAUUAUUACUGCAAUCUAUGCAAGCUUCGCUUCUAUAUUCUUGGGAUGUGUGGUGGCUGUAAAUGCGGACCUCAAUGCACAGAAGAGCGGUUUGUUCAACUGAAACCGGAAGUUACCAUGGAGGAUGUUAAAAGAGACGUACAAUUUUCUUUUUUCGUUCAUAAACACGCGGUGCCAGUUCUCGAGUCAACGACAAGCAAAAUUGGAGAUUGUAACCAGCCUUCAUCAAAUUCCGGAGCGUCUUAUCAGGUCCCAGUUGGUCCGGAAGGUGGUAGUCGCCGAACAAAUGAUACACAAAACCCUCAACCGGCUGCCGAACGACGUUCAAGAUCGGCAGUCCGUCAACCGCCACCUGAGAGCCGUCCAGGCAACAACCCUCCGAAGAAGCCUGUCCCACCACCACUCCCUAAAAGAGUUUCACGUAGCCCUGGAAGGAACCGUGAACAAACGCCUUAUGCUCAGACUGGAGAGAACGGCCAAGGGACAUCGACAGCAUCAAAUCAACGGCGAUCGCGGUCCACAGUUCGUCGGCCUCCUGUAAGAUGCCGCCAAGACAGCUUGCUCACGGAUAAUCCCCCGCCACCAUCAGUUUCCAGGCGUCAGAUGUCUCGCAGCCCAGGACCAAAAUCACGAGUAGAAUCGGUUGAACAGAAGACUGAGUGCGAUCCGCGUAGUCCCGGAGGUCAGAGUUGGAUGACGAUGCCAUCACCGUCGUAUUAUCCUGACGGUACUCCACGCACACCGCAUUAUAGUGACGAAGAUGAGGAGAUAGAACCUGCAUACUAUCGUACGGUGCGAAACAGAUCUCAAAGUCGUUCUGGUGCAUCAUCACGAACAGAGAACGAGGAAGCAAGGGAUCUGGCGCGAAGACAAGCUAUGGGAGCAGAACGUCCUACGUCAGCCACAUGGAACGGAUCAUUACCUAAACCGCAACUCUUUAGCAACAUAUUCGUCCAAGACCACUUCCCGACUCCGUCAUCUUCUGUCCCUCAAAAUAUGUCACCCGCUGAGCCUAUAGGAUCUUCUGUACCGGGCAAGACUAGGAACGAAUCAAUGGAAAACGCGAGGGACCCAUUAAGUAAAGAAGACGUAGAGGUAGAACCUCAUCCUACACCACCAAAUCACGAUCCGCCUCCGCCACCCAACAAACCGGCAGCAGUCGAGUCGGUAGCACCUCCUCCUCCACCGCCACCUCCUGAAGAAGAACCUCCAUCAUGUGCUUAUUACAAAACUGCUGUGGACGAUGCAAGAAUCCGACUUACUCCUCCGCCAGCACCUCCUCCACCUUCUUCCCUUGGUGUAAGACUAUCCACUUCGUCGCAACCUGUGCCAAAGCCAGUACUACCGCCAUCCGCCCCAUCUCACAACGAAUCAAGCGGAACGAGGAAACAUUCAGCAACAACUGUCCGAUCGGUUCACAAAAAGAGCAGACAAGAUGCUCUUCUUGAGGAAAAUCCAUCGCCACCACGUACACCUCGCUGUCGGGUAUCCAGAAGCCCAGGACCAUCGGGUUCUUCUCAUAAUAUAGAGUUCGGCUCCAAAACCCCGACAUACGAUCCACAUACGUCGUGGAGCGGAGGUCCCACCCCAGCUUAUGGGACUAAAACCUCUUCCGGUAUGCAAUGGACGUCUGCACAUGAAUCAACGAAGCCUUUCUGCUUUGCAAAAACACCCCAAUACCAUGACGGAUCUCCAGAAUACACAAAUGCUGCUUCCAUUCCCGGUCAUGGCAUACGAGCUCCUAUCCAAGGAUGCCAAAAGCCUUUUUAUGGAUCGCAAACCCCAGCAUAUGACCGUUCGCCAGGUCCUGGCCCUCCAAGCCGAGGCCAACAUACCAACGGGCGGCAAACAUCUUUUCAUGGAUCUCAGUCUCAAAACUAUGGUAGUCGCUCACCAGGUCCUGCUAUUCCUAAUCAGGAACCACAGACAGCGUCUUACGCCGCCGACCCUCGUCUGCAUAAAUCGCGAAAUUCAAGAGAUGGAAGUAGUACUCCGUCGUACGGGAAUCGUUCAAGCAGAGAACAAAGUCGACAGUCAUCAAGAUCGUCUUCUCGUGCUCAUGGACUCAAUACUGGAUAUUCUGGUCAUACACCUAUGAGAUCGCCAGCCACCUAUUCGGAUGGAACACCUCGGUCACCUCGAUACGAGGACAAUGAGGAGGAGGCUGUCCCGUCGUACAUGCGAAGCCCUGGGAGAAAAAAUAGUGGUAGCGACGGGAAUACGCAGGCAAUGCGAGCGGAGGUCCCAAAUAAUGAUCCUCUGAGUUUGGAAAACCGAGCACGAACUCCUCCUCCGCCAGAAAAUGUUACAUCUGAACAAAAUACAUCAUCUGACUUUACCAAUCCUCCAUCUACAAGUAAUCCUGGUUUCAAUGGACAAGCUGGGAUGCCUCCAUUCUGUGCACCUAUCCCACAAAAUCCUUUUAUGCCAGUUUCUCCAUUCGGACACAUUCCUUUCAUGUAUCCAGUGCAUAACCAAUAUGGAGUGUAUCCGGCAACUGGAAUGCCGCCGAUGGGUGUACCACCACCACCACCACCACCACCGCCGCCACAACCAUCAUCCGUGUUCCCGAAUCUACAAGUUCCUCCGUUACCUUUCGCCCCACCGCAACAGUUGUUCGCACCCAUGCCCGUACCGCAGCCUCCAAACAUAUCUAUGAGUGGGGCUCGAACACCGUCUUCUUCAUUACCUCCUCAUUCCACUGCCUCAACAGGAUCUAACGCCAGGGAAGAACAACAACCGACUCAUUCGACGGCAACAUCCAAGAAGUCCGCCCCACCGCAACGCGUUGGCGGUUCAGUGUUCCUCGAAACUCCUCCACCUGCACCGAAACCCUCCGUACCUCCUCCUAAAUCGAAAAAAGGGACAACUAAGAGGAAACGCUGUUACUCAUACGACCGUUCCGACUCGGAUUAG